AUGACAAAAGCUAAAACUAGCAAACAAGUAGCAUGUAAAGUUCGUAUGCUUGACGAACAAGAAUUACCAUUUCAUAUUGAUCCAAAAGCAACUGGACAAGAUUUGUUUACUAUAGUUUGUAACUAUAUUGAUUUACUUGAAAAUGAUUAUUUUGCACUUGAAUAUGUUGAUAGCCAUCGAAAUGCUUGUUGGCUUGAAAUGGAUAAGCCUGUACUUAAACAAGUUACGGAAACGAAAUUUUCAUUUUGUGUUAAAUUUUAUACACCAGAUCCUGGCCAAUUGGAAGAAGAGUUUACUAGGUAUCUUUUUGCAUUACAAAUUAAACGUGAUCUUAAUCUUGGUACACUACUAUGUAGUGAUAAUACUGCUGCUCUACUUGCAUCAUAUAUUGUUCAAGCGGAAGUUGGUGAUUAUCUCGAAUCUUAUAAUAAUAAUCCAAGUUAUUUAGGUGGUAGAAAAUUUUUUCCACAUCAAACUGCUGAUCAUGAAAUUCGUAUAAUGAAUUUUCAUAAAAAUCAUAUUGGUCAAUUUCCUGCUGAUGCCGAUCUUAAUCUACUUGAUAUUGCUCGGAAAGUUGAAUUAUACGGUAUAAAAAUGCAUCCGGCUAAAGAUCAUGAACAAGUCAAUCUUAAUUUAUCUGUUGCACAUAUGGGAAUCCUUGUCUUUCAAAAUAUAACUAAAAUAAAUACAUUUUCAUGGGCAAAAAUUCGUAAAUUAAGUUUUAAACGUAAAAAAUUUCUUAUUAAAUUACAACCUGAAGGAUAUGGCUAUUAUAAAGAUACAGUGGAAUUUUAUUUUAACACACGUGAUGAAUGUAAAAAUUUUUGGAAGAAAUGUAUUGAAUAUCAUGCUUUUUUUCGUUGUGUAACUAUAAAACGAGCAUCACGUUCAAGAAGUAGAUUAUUAACACGUGGUUCAUCAUUUCGAUAUAAUGGUCGUACACAAAAAGAAAUUGUUGAAUAUGCACGUGAACAUUAUGUUAAAAGUAGAUCAUUUACACGUUCUUAUUCAAAUACUCGAACAGUUGCCCCUUCAAGUAGUCGUUCACAUCGAUCACCUGGUUCAGCACUUAAAACAUCUGAUACUAUGCGUAGUCAAGAUACAAAUGUCUCAUCAGUGGAAUCCAGUCGUCAUCAUACUCGUCCAAUUGGAAUUCCAAUAACAAAUCAACCAGUAAUAACAACAACAGCAGGAGGUACGGAUGCAACUAUAUCAACAACACCGAAUGAUGUUUAUCAACAAGUUUAUCAUGAUGAUUCAUCAACACAUGGUAGUCGAACAUUAGAUUCAAGAUUUAGUCGUGAUAAAUAUGAUUUAUCUGAUGGAGAAAAUACAGAUGAAGAAGAGGAAGAUAAGGAAGAAGGACAAAAUAUUCAAAAUCAAUCAAAUGAACCAACAGAAAAUUUAAUUAAUGGUACAUCAUCCUCGCCGCUACCUCCACUACAACCACAACCAUCACUACCACCACCAUCACCAAUAACGAAUCCUAUUUCUCAUGAUAAUAUUGAUAAUCCAAUAAUUGACACUGAACAAACCAUAAUUUCCAAACGUGUUAUUGAACAUAAUGACUUAGAUAAAGGUAAGUCGCCGGGCAUAGAAAAAAGACUUCGUAAAGAAGUAAAUGAUGAUGAAGAAGAGGAAGAAGAAGAUUAUAGUGAAUCGAAUCAUAAAAAAGAAAAUCGAAUAAGCUUAGAAAUUUAUCAUAAUGAUAAAACUAAUAAUAGAAAAGAUGACGAAUCAGAUAAAUUGAAUGAGAAUGAACUAGUAAAACGUUAUUCAGCAUCAUUAAAAAUGUAUUUAAAAACGAGAAAUUCAUCCGGUGGUUCUCAUUCAAUGUCGAUUACACCAAAUUUUCAUGAUAUAAUGAACGACGAUGAAAAAGAUGAAGAAGAACAACAACAAAAAUUAUUAUUAAAACAUUCUCAAGAACAACAACGUUCACGUUCAUUACAAAUUGAACGUAUACUCUCAUUAGAUUUUACACAUUCACCAUCAGGUUCAUCAUCACCAUCCUCCUCAUCAUCAUCACUAUUAGAACCACCACCACCAUCAUCUAUCGAACGUUUAAUUGGUUCAAGAGCUCCUGAUGAUAAUAGUAAUUAUAAUUCACUAUUACAAAAUAGUGCACCACCUAUUGUUGUAGAAAUACGUUCAAAACCACAUUCAUUACCACGUAUGACAAAUUAUAUUGAAUAUAUUGAUAGACGUAUAUUACCACCAAUAGAUAGUCUCUCAUGGCAAGAUGAUACAAUCGCAAAUGAUCAAACUAGUUUAGUAGAUGAAAAAGAAUCUCCCGAAGAUUCAAUAAAAUUAGUUCGACAAAUAAUUGAAUCUAUCCUUACACAAAUUGUUGAAGAAGAAAAACAAUUAUUUGCUACUGUUGAUCGUCUUGUCGAACAAGCAUGUUCACGCGCAUUAAGUCAAUAUCUCAUGGAACGUCGUGCACAAAUGUUUGCUGAUUCUGCUCAUUUACCUCAUCAUAAAUCGUGUAUCUUAAGAACAGUAAAAACUGAUAAGAACAAUGAUAAUAAUAAUGAUACUAAUAAUUCAGGAUCUCGUUUACGUACAAAAUCAAGUCCAGCAUUUUCAACAACAACAGAUUGGACUGAUAUAAGUCGUAAAUUGGCUGCUCAAACAUGCUUUGCUGCUUAUCCAAGUGGCAGUAAUCUUCAUGAAUUAGAUAAAUCAGAAUUUUCAACAUUUUCUGACGCUAAACUUAAAUUUUUUAAUAUUGCAUCAAAUGAUAUAGUUCCUUCUCAGUCUUCUGUAUCUCUUCCGUUACAUUUUGCACAUUCUGCAUCUGUUCCUAAUGCUAAUUCAUCUUCAUCAUCGGCACGUUCAUCUCGUGCUUCGUCUGUUUCAUCAUAUGCAUCAUCAAUGCAUGCACCAUGUCCACCUAUACUUGAUAGUCAUUUGAAACGUCAUCAACGUCCGUUAUCCGCGCGUCUUCUUGAUUUAAGUGAUGAUUCAGAUUCAAAUCCGACAACAUCAAUAAGUACUAGUUUAAAAACUUGUAUUAUUCCAACUACUAUAUCUAAUUCAAAACCUUCUCCUCCACCAUUACGUACUCAACGUCGUCUUCAACAACAACAAAAACGACGUUCACGAGAAGAUAUAUAUUCAUCAAGUGAUGAUUCACUUUCAAAUCAUUUGAAUAAAGCAGCCGGUUUUCGUUCUGUUUUUGUUCAACGAGAUUCAAUAACAAAAGAUCAUCGUCAACAACAACAACAACAUCGUCGUGAGAUAAGUGGAUUUGUUAAUAAUCAUCGACCUGUACCAUUUAUACCAAAUAAUACACCGCCAAGAAGGCAAUCAGAUACUGAACAACAGUUGAUUUCAGUAGCACAAAGGCUAAGUCUAAGUAAACAAGCUUCAAUAAUAAAUAAUGAUAAUGUUGAGAUCAACAGUCCACCGAAAAGGUCUUCAAUUAAUGAAAAUAUAUUAUUACCUUCAUCUAUUUCAACCGCACCAGUUAAUAAUACUGAAGAAACAUAUAUUGAUGAUAAUAAGACUAAAAAUACACCAAUCAUUCAUGAAUAUCGUUCACCAACAACAACUCUAAAUAAAAUUGAAUCAAAAGCUAUAACUACACAUCAACAAUCACCAUCGAGGAUAAUUACUUCGGCAUCUUAUCAAAUGGCACAACACCCAGUUGCUGGUAUUCCGCGAUUAAUUGGUACUGUACCACCACCAACCGCGCCAAUUAUAUUUCCCACAUCUGUUUCAUCAACAAUGAUCAUAUCAUCCAUACAUGAUCGAGCAUUUUUUAUUUGUAAAGAAUUAUUAAUGACUGAACGAACAUAUAAAAAAGAUAUUGAAGUUAUUGCUGAUAAUUUUCGUCGAGAAUUAAUGCUUAUUAUUAAUCAACAAAAUGAAAUACAUCAUAUAAAUGAUAAUCAAUAUCAACAAUAUCAAUCAGAGAAUGAUUCAUUAAUGAAUUUAUCAGAUUUAUUAUUUACACAUUUAGUUCCAAUUUAUAAUUUUCAUAUAAAUUUUCUUCGACAACUUGAACAACGAAUAUCUAUAUGGGAAACACGUACUGUGUCAAGUAAUGAAUGUUUAUUGAAUGGAGAAAAGACAACACAACAUAUCGGUGAUCUUAUUGUGAAUUUAAUUGAAAUUUUACCGAGAUAUGAAAAUUAUAUAGAAAAUUAUGAUAAUUUAUUAACUGAACUUGAAUAUAUACUGAAACAUAAUCGACAUUUCGAUAUAAUUUAUAAAGAAUUUGAAUCACAAAAAUUUUGUUAUCUAUCAUUUAUAUCAUUUUUACUUAAACCAUUGCAAAGACUUUUACAUUAUGAAUAUUUACUUGAAAAAUUACUUAUUUAUUAUCGACAAAAUGAUCAUGAAUUUGAUUAUCAAGAUUGUUAUGGUGUUUAUAUUAAAAUUCAAGAUUAUAUUGAAAAUUUUACAGAAUCAUUAACUAUAUUACAAAAUCGACAAAAAUUAAUUGAACUUCAACGUGAUUUAAUCGGUGUUGAUAAUCUUUCAAUUCAACAUGAUCGACAAUUUAUACGUGAAGGUUGUUUACAAAAAUUAUCACGAAAGGGUUAUCAACAACGAAUGUUUUUUCUAUUCUCCGAUGUUUUAUUGUAUUGUGCUCGUGGUUCAAGUCCAAUACUACAAUUUAAAUUACAUGGUGAACUUCCAUUAAAAUUAAUGACAGUUGAAGAUAGUGAUGAACGUACAAAAAUUCCGAAUUCUAUAACUAUACAUACGGGUACUCGAUCAUUACUUGUAGCUGCCAGUUCGGAAGUUGAAAAGAAUAAAUGGUAUAAUGAUUUAAAAUCAGCUAUUGAAAAUAUUAAAAUCAGUGGUGAUGAACAUAAAAAUCAAUACACAUCUACAUUAAAAUCGAAUGCAUCAUCUGAAAAUCUUGAUCAUUCAAUGGUUGGAACACUUGAAGAAGAACAUCAUACAAAUUCAAUAGAACGUUCAUGUAUUCAACAUCGUGCUAAUACAACAAUGCAUGUAUGUUGGCAUAGAAAUUUAUCUGUAUCAAUGAAUGAUCAUCGACAUUCAAUUAAAAAUCAAUUAAGUGGUUAUUUAUUACGUAAAUUUAAAAACUCAAAUGGUUGGCAAAAAUUAUGGGUUGUUUUUACAAAUUUUUGCUUAUUCUUUUAUAAAACUUAUCAAGAUGAUUUUCCAUUAGCAUCGUUGCCAUUACUUGGUUAUCGCAGUUCAUUACCAUCAGAAACAGAUGGUCUUAAUAAAGAUUUUGUAUUUAAACUUCAAUUUAAAAAUCAUGUGUACUUUUUUCGUGCUGAAAGUCAAUAUGCUUUUGAUCGAUGGAUGGAAGUUGUUUCAAGUGCAACAUCAACAACUAUUAUAGCAAACAACUAG